AUGAGAAAAAUAAUGCUGAAAAAUGAAAAGGAAAGCGAAAGAUUACGUGUAGGGGACACAUCAAGAGGGGUGCAGAUGCGUGAUAAAAUGGCGCCCUCACCCCACUACAAAGGAAAAACUGAAGAUUUAGGUUAUGACACGUUGGGUUGGAAGGAUUUUUCCGCACGCGACGGGUCAUUCGUGGAUGCAUAUUGA